AGUGACGUAUGAAAUUUCUGCAGUUCAACAACAAAACCAUGGGCAAGUGUGUCAGUAAUUUGCUAAUUUAAUAAUUGGAAUUAAAUAUUUAAUGAUUUUUUUCGUGAAAUGGCAGUGAUGGAGGGUUCUUUAAGCAAAUGGACCAAUGUUAUGAAGGGAUGGCAAUACCGGUGGUUCGUCUUGGACGAUAAUUCGGGGUUGUUGUCAUACUACACGUCUAAAGAAAAAAUGAUGAGAGGAGUGCGUCGAGGGUGCGUACGGUUAAAAGGGGCGGUUAUAGGGAUAGACGAUGAAGAUGAUAGCACCUUCACGAUAACUGUGGAUCAUAAAACGUUUCAUUUUCAAGCUAGAGAUGCCGAAGAAAGACAUAAGUGGGUUCAGGCUCUGGAGGACACUAUUAUUAGGCAUGCUAAUCGAACAAAAUGGGAUCCAGGUCAUGUAUCGCCGACUAUUAAGGAUUUCGAUAACAAGGUCACCGAGGCGGACGCUUAUCUUCAGCUCAUGAUAGACCAAACGAAGAAACUGGAAGACCGAAUUGAUUCCUUAACAGACCAGGACGAAAAAUCCAAACUAGAAACUAUAUUAGAACACGCCAAUAAUAUGCUUGAUAACGUUAAACAUUCUAUAGUUUUACUUCAAAUUGCAAAGAAUACAGCUCACCCAAUCAAUGGAAUAUACACCCAAAGGCCAGGGACAUCUAACAGUGCUUCAUCAAUACAUGAAGAUGUUGUGCCAGUGGAGGCUGUCAUUCAACAGGGAAUCGAAUUGGGGUCGGAAUGUAUGGAAAAUGGACGUAGGCAUAUCCGAUCAAUUCCUUCGGUAACGGCUUUAGUGGUACCUGAAAUGUCAUACUCCAGCUCCGAAGGGGAAGACGAUUUCUUCGAUGCCAACGAUUAUCCAACUAACAGUCAGCUGCCCUCUCCCAUUAGCCUUAGAUCAUUUGAUAGCGAUGGCCAGACGACCCAAAUACCGACGUCCAGAUCGAGCCCGCCAAUUACCGCGAAUUCUCCACACACCAAGGUUCAGUCCGUCCGAAAAGGAAGCCAAAAUUCGGUUAAAAGCCGUAACCAAGAAGACUUGGAUUAUGAUGCUUUAUAUGAAGAUGACGAUGAACCAGACGUGGAGAUGGAGAGCCACGGAUCCGUCAUCAGGCAUCUUUUGUCUCAGGUUAAAAUCGGGAUGGAUUUGACCAAAGUGGUUUUACCUACGUUUAUCUUGGAAAGGCGAUCGUUACUAGAGAUGUAUGCUGAUUAUUUUGCUCACCCUGACUUAUUUACAAGAAUAGCCGAUUUAAAAGACCCACGAGACCGAAUGCUACAAGUAGUAAGGUGGUAUCUUUCAUCAUACCAUGCCGGCAGAAAGAGUUCUGUGGCAAAGAAACCUUAUAAUCCUAUUUUGGGCGAAAUGUUCAGAUGCCACUGGGAUAUGCCUGAAAGUUGCGGAGGAAGUAACGGUUCUAGCGACGAAACUGUUUCGGAUGGACCAGUGCCGUGGUGUAAAAAGGAUCAGCUCACGUUCGUUGCUGAACAAGUCUCGCAUCAUCCACCGAUUUCUGCCUUUUAUGCUGAACACUUUAAUAAACGGAUAAGCUUUAACGCGCAUGUCUACACGAAAUCGAAAUUCCUAGGUCUUUCCGUCUGUGUGUACAAUAUUGGCCAAGGUGUUGUUUCAGUACUUGACUACAACGAAGAGUAUAUCGUAACUUUCCCGAACGGAUACGGCAGAUCGAUCCUAACCACCCCCUGGAUAGAGCUCGGUGGAACCGUUAAUAUUCACUGUCCGCAAACGGGAUACCAUUGUGAUAUUGAAUUCCUUACUAAGCCUUUUUACGGCAAUAAAAAACAUAAGGUGCAAGCGGACGUUUACGCUCCCGACGAUAAAAAACCAUUUUUAAGUAUAAACGGUGAAUGGACCGGCAUUAUGGAAGCUAAAUGGCCAGAUAGGCCUGAUCCAGAAUUAUUUAUCGACGUAAACGCCUUAGACAUAAUAAAGAAGCAAGUAAGACCAAUUAGUCAACAGGAGGAGAACGAAUCUAGGAGACUAUGGAAAGAAGUGACGGCAGGGUUAAGGUUUAACGAUAUCGAUAAGGCGACUAACGCGAAACAGACCUUAGAACAAAAGCAGCGAGAUGAGGCCAAGGACAGGAAGGGGAACGGGAAAGAAUGGCAAACUAAGUUAUUUAGGAAAAUAGGCGAGGACCAAUGGCUUUACAACAAACAUCUCAAACAGCGUCUGAUCAACAACACAACGAACGCGACGUGAAGCUAGCCCCAAGAGAUUUCCAAUUCCAAACUAUAAAUAAAGUAAUAAUAUAAUGUAAAUGCGGGGGCGAAACACGUUUGUGAGGAUCGAAACAUUUUCAUGAUCAACUAGCGAACUGUGAUAACACGUCAUGAAAAUUGUGUCUAUUCCAAUUCCGUAGUAUAUUAAGGAUUUUUUUUAUUGAAACGAUGCUGUUUGUUAACUGUACAAGUUUCUUUCGGAGAAAGAAUUGUUUCUUAUUGCCUGUAGAUAGUAAAACGUUUUUUCAUAAUGCACUAACCCACUAACGGUAUCGAUGUGUAGUGAUUUUGGGGUUUUUUAUAAACAUAAACAGGGUAAAUAACACUUCAACGCACUCUUAUUAAACUUUUAAAUAAUCUGGAAUAAGAUUAUCCGUGUAUCUCUCAAAAUCACUGCUUGUCCAACCCUUAAAAGAUUUUUAUAGUAAACAUAUGAGAAUGUAUUACUAUAUUUGUAAGAAAAAGCCUUUAAUGCGUUAUCUACUUUAGAAGUAAUGGUUGUGGAGGGGUAUUUUGGGAAAAUUUAACUCGUUAAAAACUAAACGCCGCUUUACCGUUUUAUUUUUAAAUCUUUGUCUAAUCAACGCCUAUAGGUUAUUAACGUUAUUUGUAUAUAUUGUAGUAUUUAGCCCUUGUAUCAAAAAAUGGCACGAGGGUCUGCGAGCGAGACGGCAUUUAUAUUUUUACUUUUUAAUAUAAUUAUUCUUAUUAUGUAAAAUAUUGUACAUUUUUCUUUGUUUAUUAUUAUCAGCUAGUAUUAUUUGAGUAAGUUUACUUAUUUCAUUUAAGUGGUUAUUUGUAUAAAUUACUUGCCUAAAAAGUUAUAGUACAAUCAGAAUUUAUUGUAAUUUGACUUAUUACUUCCAAGGAGUGCAUCCUUUCAAAUAAAUUAUAUAUACACAUA